AUGAUCAACGUCUACAAACCGGCAUUACAAAGCAGAGACUGGGACUCUUAUAACAACCAUACAACCCCUGAUUCGAUCUUACAGUAUAGUGGAAAUGCCUCAUCCACACCUAUUUUGCCAUUCAACUACACCAUUGAAGGUUUGACUAGAGAUGUAUAUCCGAAACCAUUGCACUCGCACAACGAUUAUUGGAGAAAACACCCAUUGUUUGAUGCGUUGAGUAUCGGCGCUAUUUCCAUUGAGAGUGACAUUUGGCACUUCCCUCAAACGUAUCAGUUGCAACGUACAACGACUGAGACAACCGACUUCACAACAACACCCAAUGAAACUUUGUAUUUCAACAGUAGUGAAAUUUACGUGGGACAUAAUCAAGUCUUCUUACAUCCGAUAAACACCUUGUUCAACUUGUAUUUGAACCCGUUGUACCAGUUCUUCCAGUACUCCAAUCCAAGUUUCAACUAUGUUGAUGAUGGUGGUAAUGGAGGGAGCCCCUUUAUUGGAGGUGAUUCUAAGCAUGGUAUUUUUUAUAAUGAUCCUGAACAACCAGUUUAUCUUUGGUUUGAUUUUAAAACUGAACCCAAUGGAACCUAUGAAGCUUUAAAGCCAUUAUUGCAACCUUUUAUUGACGAUGGAUUGUUGACGUACUACAACACUACUGAUGAAUCCCUUCAUGAAGGACCUUUGGUUUUGACAAUCACUGGAAACUUGCCAGUUGAAAAAGUGAGUGAGGAGACAGUGAGGUAUACGUUCUUGGAUGCUCCAUUGAGUCACUUCAACUCAUCUGGUGAUGAAAACGAGAUGCAGAAAUGGUCGAAAUUGUCAAGAGUUGCAAGUGGAUCCAUAAAGAGUUUGGUUGGCGAUGGGUACAAUUCUACAAUCAGAAAUGAAUUCACCCAGGCCCAAAAGACUAAUCUUAAAGACUAUUUUGAUAAAGCUCAUGAAUACAAUUUAAAGACUAGAAUCUGGGGGGAUAUCACUUGGCCAUGGAAUUUGGUUGAUCUGCACUUAUUGGAUUUGUACCAAGCUGGUACAGAUUUGUUGAAUGUUGAUGACUUGAAAAGGGCUGAAAACCUCUUUCCAGUGAAAUAA